AUGAUUGAGGCCGGCUUAAUGGCUAGCAUUGAUAUCUUCGUGGAUGAAUUCAUUGAACAUGGAAAAAAGUUGGAAUCGAAACGAAAAAGUGGACAAGAAGAGACAUUUGUCGCUAGUAUCAUGGUUGUCGUGCGACAGAUUGCGGACGAACGUCGUCGAGGUCGAGUGUUUAAUUUUCUUCGAUCAACGGUCCGUAAGGAUAAAGCAGCAAAGCUCACGGAUUUUUAUAGUUCAUGGUGUCAGCUGACGUCUCUUCUUGAUGAAGAAGAUCGUGUAUCAUGUCGGAUAGCAGGUCUUCGUCUAGCACUUGAGGUGCUCAGCACAAAACCAGUCAUUUGUCUAUAUGUGUCAACUCUAUAUGACGAGUUUGUCAAGCAGAUACAACUUUGUGACAGUGAACAAAUUCUACCGUUGUUAGAAACGCAUAGUGGAAGUUUAGCAGUCCCCAGUCUUUCGAAUCGAAGAUUAUCGAUGGACGAUAUGAUAGCGAAGUAUCUGGAUGAACGUGCUCUAGAGGAUCUCCUAGAUGUUGAGCAACGUCCAACAGUGACAUCAAAAUGCGUCAAUUUGCUUCGAGUUCUUGACAACAAAAGGUUGUUGCGCGUGCUAAGAGGGGUGGUUUUGGCUUGGCCCAAGAAACGCGCUGUUGAACCCGCUGUCGGCUUGAUGUCAUGUGUCCAUGAGAUGGUGAAAGUGACGCGGGAUCAUCGAAAUAUAGGAAAAACGUGUGUUAAUCUGUACAAGAGUGAACCUGGGUUGUUAAUGUGCAGCGAAUUUGGGUUUCUGUUGGCGUUCGCUCUUUGCAAAAUUGAUAGAUAUAAGACUUCGAUGCUACUGGAACUGACGAAGACGUUCCAGAAAUUGUGGACUUUCCGAGAAAAUGUUCAUGAGUUCGGCUGGAUUGAAAACAGUGGCCUUGGUGAAGUGGUGGACAUCGUUGAGGACCAGGUGACUUGUUUGGUGAAGCGACUAGGGGAAGACGUCGAAGCAUUUGAUCUGUUAUCCGAUCCGACAGUUCUGCUGCUGCAGUCGUUAUUGAAAUUACCGUCCACUAUCGAGAUUACUAUUGUAGAUGGACGUGUCGCUGAUGGUUAUCCAAUUUGGCUUUUCGCUAGUAAAGUACUUGUAAAGCUAGUUAUAUCGAGAAGAAAGGAGCUUGGCGCCAACCUGGCGAUGAUCAUCGAAUUAGUGACUACCUCCUCAACUAGUGUUUCGUUUAUUUGCGUGGACAUGCUUGUGGACAUUGUCCGUCAGUGCACAUUAGAUGUUUUGAAUAACUGGCGUGAAUUGGAAACUUUGUUCAAAAAUAUAUGUUAUAUUCGUCGCGACAUUUCCGUGUCACUUGGAAAUCUUUUGGAUUUACGCCAUGCGAACACUGUAGUUCCAAUUUUAAUGCUUAUUUUUCGUAGCUUCAGCAAACAACCAAAGGUUAUCGCCGGCUCCCAAUUGUCACAGUCAUUCGCAACGUUUUCCUCUCAGAGUUUACAAGCGAUGGGAUGUAAACGCAAGACGGAUGAGACAGUUUGCUUGGAAGUGAUUGGGCUGCUCAAACGAUGUCUAACUCAGUGGACUCCCACUAAGACGGCCGUCUAUCUUGGUUUUGCUGAAGAGGGUAAAAGAAACUCUCCGAUGGCUGGACAGUGCUUAGAUUUCCUGGUUUCUCAUGCAGCUACAGCUCCUGAGUGGAAAGCGGAAGCAAUGUGCAUGACGGCCGGUGGUGUGGUAACAUUGGUGGAGCCUCUACCGCAUCUGAUCCAGGUAAGAGAUUUCUAA